AUGAACAAUAAUGGUCAUUUAGAACAAAUCAUUGAUCCACGCUUUCAUAUGCUAGCACAACGAAAUAAAAUAUUUCCACGUUCGAAAGAAAUCACGGCCACAUCCUUAUCAGAUAUGAAACUAAGUUCACAAGCACGGACAAGUCAUGAAGAUAAGAUUCAGGUUCCAAUCAUCGAGUUAAAACAGUUUUCAAGAUUAUCUUUCAUCAGCAAAACUGGACGACAAAUCUGCUCGGUCCGCUGCAGUAUAAUUGUUAUUGCUGCACUUCUCUUUCUUCUAUGUGCUUUGGCGAUUGCUCUUUCAUUAGGACUUGUUUAUGGUCUGACUAACGACUCCAGUUUUUCAACAUCAACAACAUCUAUUAAUACAACAACUACCGUUACCGCAACAACAACAACAACAACUACAACAACAACUACAACAACAACAACAACAAUUACAACAACAACAACAACUUCUACAACGACAACCACAACAAAGACAACAACAUCAACAACCACCACUACUUCUUCAGCCACAGCUUGGAUUCCAAGUAAUUAUGGUACGCCAUGCUCGACCACAUGCAUUAAUGUAACUACAGUAACUCCAUCGACACUCAUUGCAUCAUGGACAUUCGAAGAAAACACAAACGAUAUAUCGAACAACGGAUAUAAUGGAGUCAUUAUAAAUGGAGCUGCAUUUUCUACAGGCUAUAUAGGUCAAGCAAUUCUUCUUGCUACUUCUUUAUCUCAGUAUGUUGUUGUACCAUAUAUUGAUUUUACUUCGAAAAGUUUCGCUGUGGAAAUGUGGAUCUAUUUAUCCACAUCGAGAACGACGGACAUAAACUUUUUUGGCGAGUGUCAAAAUACUACAGCUGAUCGAUGUCUUCAUUACAUCAUUCGCAAUUACAAAUUAUACAUGGGCUUCUACGCGGACGAUCUCGCCGGUGUAACAAAUCUCACUACUGGUCGUUGGUAUCAUAUAGCUUAUAUGUAUGAUGUUGCAACCAAUAAUCAAUCAAUAUAUUUGGAUGGACUAUUAGAAGGAAGCAGAGUAGCCAGUUCAUCAUAUCUUGGUCAAAAUGGUAAUGUUACAAUUGGCAAAACGGGAAUCCCUGCGGGGAACUGGUACGAUGGAUUUCUCGACCAAAUAACUGUUACGAAUCGAGCUAAAACAUCAUGUGAAAUUCUUAAUGAUGCAUCACUUGUCGCUUAUUUUCCAUUUGAUAGUUCUCUUGUGGAUAUUGGACCCAAUACAAUGACUGCUACAAUUACUAGACAGGCUAACAAUGGUAUGAGCUGGGCAACCGGUAAAGUCAAUCAAGCGCUCAGUUUCAAUAAGACAAACUCCUAUUUUCAGUCAUGUGGCUUUUGGGCUUUGGGUCAAAAUCAAGCUUAUACUAUUGCUCUAUGGAUUAAUCCAUCGUUUCAAGCUGGUACACUCUUUCAUUUAUCGACAGCAACUACAGGGUCAGGUAGCUGGUGUCUACCAAUGAUUGGAUUUAGUUCAAAUGGAUCGAUUGUAAGUCAAACUUGGAAUUAUGGUGCUUUUGCUGUAAUCGGACCCAUACCCCCAAUAAAUUCAUGGACUCACAUUGUGCAAACAUGGAGUUCGGCCAAUGGAUUACGAUUAUAUAUUAAUGGAGGACUAUAUGACUCGGUAGCGGUCUCCGCAUUCGCAGCUGGAAGUGCUUCAAUGUGUGUGUUCCUAGGGAACAGUGGAUUAGGAACUAACUGUCAAACGGGUCAGAUUGUAAUGGGUGCAUACUCAGGAGCAAUUGAUGAAUUUUAUGUCUACAAUCGUGAACUGUCUGCAUCCGAAGUAUGUCCUCUUGCUCAUCCAUGA